ACACAGUGAAUAUGGGGGAUCAGGAUGAAUUUCGCUGCUUUAUUGGGAAUUUAUCAUGGUCAACAUCAGAUAGAGGAUUGAAGCAGGCAUUUGAGAAGUUUGGUCAUCUGGUGGAGGCGAAGCUGGGUGCAGGAAAAAAUGGGAAUGUCUGUUCACUGUUCAUGCCAAAAUUAUUUAUUGAAUUUACUGUGGGAAGGAAAAGGAACUAAGGAAGUGUACUGGUGUUGAUGAUGACCGUGUGUUAAAUAUUGCUGACUGUUGAAGUUCGUAACAUGUAUAUUUCGAAAAGAGGUUCCUUUUAAAAAGAUUAUAUUCAGUGAACUGGGAUGUGAGUAAGCUGGAAUGAUGAUGCAUCAUAAGGUUGUGCUUGACAAGUUCUCUGGCCGCUCUCGUGGUUUUGGGUUCGUUUCAUUUGAAGAAGAGAGGGAUAUGGAAGAAGCCAUUAAAGCAAUGAAUGGAAUGGAUUUGGAUGGGCGAGCCAUUACUGUUGAUAAAGCUCAACCUAACCAGGGAGGUAGAGACAGGGAUGGAGACAGAGACCAGGAUCGUGAUAGGGGGCGUGACCGUGAUAGGGGUAGGAAUCGUGACAGUGGUGGAGGGCGUGGAUCAGGUGGGGACUGUUUCAAAUGUGGAAAGCCUGGACAUUUUGCUCGAGAAUGCCCCUCUGGAGAAGGAUCUAGAGGAGGGGGAGGUAGAUAUGGUGGAAGGGAUGACAAGUAUGGAGGUAGCAGUCGCUAUGGCCCUGAUCGUAAUGGCGAUAAGUAUGGUGGUGGGAGUCGCAGAGACUCUGGCAGGGACUCUGGUAGAGAUUCUGGUAGAGACUCUGGUAGUCGUGGUGGGUCUGGAAGUGAUAAGUAUAGUCGUGACAGAUCUGGGCCUUAUGAGCGUCCUGCAUCAGGCAGCUUUCGCUCAUGAUUACUGGUGUAAUAGCGGCAGUUUUCCAGUUUGGAGGGCAUGUACGAGAUUAAUGCUUUCUUGAUUUGGUCAUUUCAACUGAAGCACUUUUAGCUACAUGAGGCUUUUGUGACGAGAGGGUUCUCAUGCUAUCUGACUUUUCUUUUCUUUUCUUUUCUUUUCUUUUCUUUUUUGCUUAGUUUGUGGAAUUGUGUCCUGGAAUUUUAUCGUUGAAGUUAUUUUUGCUUGUUUGGAUUCUUCCUUGGUUAUGUUGAUAUCCGUAUAUCGGUUAAAAGAUUAAUACCAUGUGAUCUUGCUGUUUCGAAUUUGUUAAAAA